CGUACUCUGUUUUGGUUGCCUUUUGAGCUGGCUUUGCUUGAGGGAUAGCUAGCGCACGGACCAUAUCUGUGGAUGCUGCUUGUCCGUGAUCAAUCAAGGGAAUGUGUGUCGCUUCGCUGCGCCGACCUGCAGCGACCGAAACUCGAGCCUGCUAAAUAAACACCACGGUAUCUUCCAACGGAGGACCGCACCACAACAUAGCACGCGAUGGUUUGACAUCGGACUACGCAGACACCCAAACAAUGGACGUGCCGCCGGUCAAGCUGUCGGAGCUGCUUCGGCACCCUGACGACCUCGACAAGAUCGCGGCGCUCAAGGCCGAGUUCGCGCGCAAGAAGGCGGCCGUGGACUCGCAGCUGCGCGGCGGCCUGCGCGAGCAGCUCGAGACCACGCAGGCCGGCAUGAAUGGCUUGGCCGACGGCCAGAAGACGGUGCAGCAAAUCAAGGAGGAGAUGAUGAAAAUCGACAAGAUAUGCUCCGAGUCGCAGAACAUGAUCACCGACUUCGCGACCAUCAACCUCGUGUCGCAGGCCCACCGCAACUUUGGCGCCGUCGAGGCGAUGCGCCGCAACCUCGAGACCUUCAACGAGCGCCUCAACGGCAUCCAGGAGAUGCUGCGCCAGGACGACGAGGACGCCGAAAACAUGCCGAACCUGCUCGCCGUGCACUACGAGCUCACGCAGCUGCGCAACAUCCGGGAUGAUGCGAUGGAGCAGAUCCAAAGGGGCGACGACCCGAGCUUGCAGUCGACGUUGGAGGAUUAUUUUGAGCGUCUCGACCAGGCCAUCGAGUGGUUCGACGAGCACAUCGGCCUGAUUGCCAGGAGCCUGAUCAACCUCGUGGUGGCAGACAAUACGAGUCUGGUGGUGCGCUUUGCACUGAUAAUAGAGGCGGAGGAGAAGAGCGACCAGAGGGUGCUCGCGCUGCAGGAGGCGCUGAAGGACCACAAGGAGAUGGCCACGCGGUUCCAAAGCAUUACCGACGGGGCCAAGACAGUGCGAGGGUACAAGGACAGGUUCCUUGAGUACAUCAGGAAGAUCGGCGAGGGGCAGUUUGAGGAGAGCAAGGAGAAGUUUAUGGAGGACCCAGGGGAGCUGGAGAAGAGCCUGCGAUGGUAUUUCAACGACCUCAACACGGUCAGACUAGGCAUGGUGCCCCUGAUGCCCAAGAAAUGGAAGAUUUUCAGGACGUGGACAAACAUCUACCACGGGAUGAUGCACGACUUCCUCAUAGGCAUCAUCAACGAUCCCCAGACCUCGUCCGCACAUACGCUGGAAAUCGUCGGCUGGCCCGAGAAGUACUACCGCAAGAUGACCAAGCUCGGAUUCAAGCAGGAGGAGCUGACACCGCACGUCAUCGACAAUCGCGAGGCGGAGCUUGUGCGAGAUUUCCGCGCGCUCAUCAUCAAAUACCUGGACGAGUGGAUCGGGCGCAUCUGGGAAACGGAGAAGAAGGACUUUGCCGACCGCAACGUCGAAGGGGGCAACCUCGACCAGGAUGAGUACGGCUACUUCCGGAACAGAAACCUGGUCGACCUCUGGCGCAUGCUGCGCGGGCAGCUCGAGGCAGCUGCCAAUUCGAAGCGGGCCGACGUGGCCGAAGGCGUGGUGGAUGCCAUGUUCCAGCGGCUCAGACAACGACAACAGUCGUGGCAGAAGAUGCUCGAAGAGGAAGCGUCGCGCUACGAGACAGACAAGGUGGCUGACCUCGAGGGGUUCCAGCCGCUACAGGACUGGCUCGUGGCGACAGCCAAUGACCAGAUCGCAUGCAUCGACGACAACGAGGACGAGGGCCGGGUCGCAUACCUGACCGACUUCAAGAAGGUGGUCAGCACGAUGGUCACGCCGGCGUACAUGGACCGCGCCGAGGCCGAAGUGGCGAUGCUGCGCGACGGCUACCUCGACCUCAGCACUUGGUGCAUGACCAAGUUCGCGCAGCUCGUGUUCGCCGUCGACUUCAAGUCCGUCAUGCCGGACUUCUUCACGCCGCGGUGGUACACGACGACGCACAUGGCACGCAUGAUCGCCACGUUCGAGGAGUACGUCGGCGACUACCGGCAGGUGCUGCACCACUCGCUGGUCGACAUCUUCAUCGAGAUCUUUGCCGACGAGCUGCUGAUCCGGUAUCUGUCGUCGGUGCGCAACAAGGGCGCCAAGUUCCGCCGGUCGGACCAGUUCCAGGACAAGAUCUUCGACGACCUCAAGACGGCGUUUGACUUUUUCAACACGCUGAACCCCGCCGUGGGCAACUCCAUCAAGGAGACGUGGCGUGUGACCGAGCCGUUCCUGCAGUUGCUGUCGGUGGAGAAAGAGGCGAUACCGGACACGUUUGGGGCCUUCAAGUCGGCGUACUGGGAUCUGCAGAUUAGCUGGGUUGAGGCGGUGCUGAGGUCUAGAGACGACUUCGAGCGGAGCAUGUUGAAUGCUGUCAAGGCGAGGGCUGCCCAGAUGGACGUAGUCCGGGGGCCUGAGACGAUAAUGAGCAAGGUGAAGUAAAGUAUGAUGUACUAUCCACGAGCGAUGAUGAUGAUGAUGAUGGUAUCAUGGUCCGGUUGCCGGCAGUGGCAGUGUGUAACGGCGGCUGGAAGCGUCCGGACCCCUAUUGGUGGUCUGUCUCUUCACCCGGGCAACUGCCUGAUUAGGAAAUCAGCACAACACUCAAAGCCACAUC